AAGUGGGUCCAGGCCAAGUCAGAACUGGGAGCUGAGUUUCUGCGCCCAGCCGGGGGGCUCCGCCACACCCCCAGUCGGUCCGCGCCAGACGGUGCCAGGGUGGGGGGAUCGCCCCGCCCCCACCUCCGGAGGUGGCAGUCCCACGCGGCUCAACAAGCUGCCGUUGUCCCGCGGGCCGUGGGCCCGGCACACUGGGGCUUUGUCCGGCCCCCCGCCGUGACCCAAGGGGGGGGCCCACAUGACCGAAGGGGUAGGAGGAGCCUGCGGCGGCGGUGGCGGUGGCGGCGGCGGCAGCGGCUCCACCAUCAUUUCCCUCCCGGGCCGGGGGUCGGCAAGCGGUGGCGGCGGCAGGGCAGGCCUGGGCAGGGCCGCGGACGCCGGGCCCCCCACUCCCCGCCAGGCUGCAGGCGCCGGGCUUGGGCCAUCAGGGCAACUGUGACCGGAGCGCUUUCCGGGUGGCGACGAGCUGGGGGUGCGCCCGGAUCCCCGCCCCCGGGAUCAUGGGGAAUGGCAUGACCAAGGUACUUCCUGGACUCUACCUCGGAAACUUCAUUGAUGCCAAAGACCCGGAUCAGCUGGGCCGGAAUAAGAUCACACAUAUCAUCUCUAUCCACGAGUCACCCCAGCCUCUGCUACAGGACAUCACCUACCUUCGCAUCCCUGUGGCUGAUACCCCUGAAGUACCGAUCAAAAAGCACUUCAAAGAAUGUAUCAACUUCAUCCACUGUUGCCGCCUCAAUGGAGGGAACUGCCUUGUGCACUGUUUUGCAGGCAUCUCCCGAAGCACCACUAUCGUGACAGCAUAUGUGAUGACGGUGACGGGACUAGGUUGGCGGGAAGUGCUUGAAGCCAUCAAGGCCACUCGGCCCAUAGCCAACCCCAACCCAGGCUUUAGGCAGCAGCUUGAAGAGUUUGGCUGGGGGAAUUCCCAGAAGCUUCGCCGGCAGCUGGAGGAACGCUUCGGAGAGUGCCCUUUCCGCGACGAGGAGGAGGUUCGCGCGCUGCUGCCGCUGUGCAAGCGCUGUCGGCAGGGCUCCACAGCCUCUGCCGCCUCCUCCGCGCUGCAGUCAGCGGCCUCCGAGGGAACCCUGCAACGCCUGGUACCGCGCACGCCCCGGGAAGCCCACCGGCCGCUGCCGCUGCUAGCGCGCGUCAAGCAGACUUUCUCUUGCCUCCCGCGGUGUCUGUCCCGCAAGGGCGGCAAGUGAGGAUCCCGCCCCGCCGUGGCUCUCCUGUCCCUUCCAACUGGUUUCCUGCGGGGGCUGUCUGGGCCACCCAUGCCUCCAGGACGGGCCCAGAGGCUGUGGGAGCCCCGCGAUGGCGUGGUCCUUGCCUGCCUUCCCGCCUUGCUUGUCUGCGUCUGCAGUCAGUGUGUCCUCCAUCCGCGCGUCUCGGUGUCCGGGCCGGCCUGCUGCAGCCAACUGGUGCCUUAGUCCUUGGGCUGGGAGAGGAGGCCGACCCUAAAGGCGGCGGGAGGGGAAAGGGAGAGGGGUGGGAGCGGGGGUUGGACGGGCCUGGGGGGGUAUUAAAGAGACACAAAAG